AUGAGAACAGCCCUUGGAGAUGACUCUUGCCACAUCAGGGGGUUUGAUCUGCAAAUCGCCAUUCGUCAGAUGCUGGAAGCAAUUCACGGAUUUGAACUGCCACAACAGUCUUCCAAACCAGAGAAGUAUGAAAAAGGAUAUGCAGCAGACGAAGUAUCAGACUGGAACCAGAUUAUCAACAACCCCUUCGGUCUCGAUGUAUCAACCAUCCAAGACACAGCCUACUCAAUCCUCCAUAAAACACCCGAGGAAUUAACAGCUGGUAUCCCCAAAGUAUGGAGAGUCAUUCACAUGGAAUCUGUCCUCCACCACGAUCUCGUCAGACGUUUCUGGGGCUAUCAGGCGUCACUGGAAACAGACCUGAGAUCGUGCGGGACGAGUUUACGAGACAGAAUUCCGCCUCACUCGAAGCAGGCCGGCAAAGUCCGAGCCCAAAUUAGCCACGAUACUAUCAUUCAGGACAUGAUUUCUCCUCGUGUGACUUUCCACGGAUCGAUUGUCCGCCAUGGUUUCAAGAUGCCUGGGAAAUUAGUGGAAGAGCAAGUCGUCGCCUCUCCUAGAUCGGGCGUAGCAUUUGAUCGAGGAAUCUACUCAUCCCAAGAGGCCUUCUAUGCCAUAUCUUAUGCUCGUGGGCAGAAAGAGAUGACCCCAGUCGGCAUGCUGCCUAGUAUGAGGUUAUUUGUCUGCGCUACUAUCAUGGGUCGAACAUAUACCGGGAGUGACGGACGCCAUGGUCCCUUGAUUGAAGGUUAUGACUCGCACUUCGACGGGGGCUCUGAAUACAUCGUCCAUGAUGAACUGGCCAUGAUUCCCUGCUAUGUCAUCCACCUCGAUCUCGGCUCAGAGGCCGCCAAGCAGGCCCUCAAAGACGUACAGACCAACCCUGAGGAAUUCAACAACCUGACCAAGACCAAGAAGCGCCCCGAAGCGAAAAGCACGGCGCCUGGAGAUAUCCAACGUGAGAAGGAAGCUAGAAAAGCGGCAGCUCUGAAGUGGUUUCCUUAUGGCUUUGGUCCUGCUACGGGUACAAGAUUUGUGAUUGAGGAGGUGGGCGAGAUCUCGGACGAUGAAGAGGAAUACGGAGAAGCAUGGCUAUUCCAAUUCCGACAUCGAGAAGGACACUGUUUGGGACGACGAAGGGCGGGAGUACUAUGA